CCCCAGGACAAAUGCCAGGAGGAGGGACGCCAGGAUGCGGCUGGAUGGUGGGGUGGGAAGGUGGGCAGGUACCCCGGCUGCUGCUACUGCCGCAGGACGCGGUGCAGCAGUGGGUUCUUUGCAUCCUGGGAGCAGCAGCAGGUCAUCCGGGAAGCCCACAGGACCCUCAGGCGGGCAGGAUGAAUGACUGGCACAGGAUCUUCACCCAAAAUGUACUUGUCCCUCCCCACCCACAGAGAGCACGCCAGCUUGUGAAGGAAUCCACAGCUUUCCAGUGUGUCCUCAAGUGGCUGGAUGGACCGAUAAUUAGGCAGGGAGUGCUGGAGGUGCUGUCAGAGGUUGAAUGCCAUCUGCGAGUGUCUUUCUUUGAUGUUACCUACCGGCACUUCUUCGGGAGGACGUGGAAAACCACGGUGAAGCCGACGACGAGACCGCCGUCCAGGAUCGUCUUUAAUGAGCCCUUGUAUUUUCACACAUCCUUAAACCACCCUCAUAUCGUGGCUGUGGUGGAAGUGGUCGCUGAGGGCAAGAAACGGGAUGGGACCCUCCAGACAUCGUCCUGUGGAUUUGGAAUUCUUCGGAUCUUCAGCAACCAACCGAACUCCCCUACUUCUGCUUCCCAGGACAAAAGGUUGCAGCUGUACCAUGGCACCCCCAGAGCCCUCCUGCACCCGCUUCUCCAGGACCCCACAGAGCAAAACAAACACAUGACCCUCAUUGAGAACUGCAGCCUGCAGUACACGCUGAAGCCACAUCCGGCCCUGGAGCCCGCAUUCCACCUUCUUCCUGAGAACCUUCUGGUGUCUGGUCUGCAACAGAUCCCUGGCCUGCUUCCAGCUCAUGGAGAAUCUGGCGACGCUCUCCGAAAGCCUCGCCUCCAGAAGCCCAUCACGGGGCACUUGGACGACUUAUUCUUCACCCUGUACCCCUCCCUCGAGAAGUUUGAGGAAGAGCUGCUGGAGCUCCACGUCCAGGACCACUUCCAGGAGGGAUGUGACCCACUGGACGGUGGUGGCCUGGAGAUCCUGGAACGGCGCCUGCGUGUGGGCGUGCACAACGGUCUGGGCUUCGUGCAGAGGCCGCAGGUCGUUGUACUGGUGCCUGAGAUGGAUGUGGCCUUGACGCGCUCAGCCAGCUUCAGCAGGAAAGUGGUCUCCUCUUCCAAGACCAGCUCUGGGAGUCAAGCUCUGGUUUUGAGAAGCCGCCUCCGCCUCCCAGAGAUGGUCGGCCACCCUGCGUUUGCGGUCGUCUUCCAGCUGGAGUACGUGUUCAGCAGCCCUGCAGGAGCGGACAGCAAUGCAGCUUCGGUCACCUCUCUGUCCAACCUGGCGUGCAUGCACAUGGUCCGCUGGGCUGUUUGGAACCCCUUGCUGGAAGCCGAUUCUGGAAGGGUGACUCUGCCUCUGCAGGGCGGUAUCCAGCCCAACCCCUCGCACUGUCUGGUCUACAAGGUACCCUCAGCCAGCAUGAGCUCUGAAGAGGUGAAGCAGGUGGAGUCGGGUACAGUCCGGUUCCAGUUCUCGUUCGGCUCAGAAGAACACCUGGAUGCACCCGCGGAGCCUGUCAGCGGCCCCAAGGCGGAGCGGCAGCCUGCCAGGAAACCACCCACGUCCCCUUCCAGCCCGCCAGCGCCAGCACCUCGAGGUGUCGCUGCCCCGCAGGACUCGCCUGUGGGACCAGGGUUGUCGAUUUCCCAGCUGGCGGCCUCCCCGCAGUCCCCGACUCAGCACUGCUUGGCCAGGCCUACUUCACAGCUGCCCCAUGGCUCUCCGGCCUCCCCGUCUCAGGCACAGGAGUUCCCGUUGGAGGGCGGUAUCUCCCACCUGGAAGCUGACCUGAGCCAGACCUGCCUGGUCCUGGAAACCUCCAUUGCCGAACAGUUACAGGAGCUGCCGUUCACGCCUUUGCAUGCCCCUAUUGUUGCGGGAACACAGACCAGGAGCUCUGCAGGGCAGCCCUCGAGAGCCUCCAUGGUGCUCCUGCAGUCCUCCGGCUUUCCUGAGAUUCUGGAUGCCAAUAAACAGCCAGCUGAGGCCGUCAACCCUACAGACCCCGUGACGUUUAACCCUCAGAUGGAGGAAUCGGAUUGUCUACAAAGCAACGAGAUGGUGCUACAGUUUCUUGCCUUUAGCAGAGUGGCCGAGGACUGCCGAGGAACGUCAUGGCCAAAGACUGUGUAUUUCACCUUCCAGUUCUACCGCUUCCCACCCGCAACAACGCCACGACUGCAGCUGGUCCCGCUGGAUGAGGCUGGGGCUGGCCCUGGUGCCCUGACCCACAUCCUCGUGCCUGUGAGCAGAGACGGCACCUUUGAUGCUGGGUCUCCUGGCUUCCAGCUGAGGUACAUGGUGGGCCCUGGGUUCCUGAAGCCAGGUGAGCGGCGCUACUUCGCCCGCUACCUCGCCGUGCAGACCCUGCAGAUCGACGUCUGGGACGGAGACUCCCUGCUGCUCAUCGGCUCUGCCGCCGUCCAGAUGAAGCAUCUCCUCCGCCAAGGCCGGCCAGCUGUGCAGGCCUCCCAUGAGCUUGAGGUUGUGGCAACCGAAUACGAGCAGGACACCAUGGUGGUGAGUGGAGACGUGCUGGGGUUUGGCCGCAUCAAGCCCAUCGGUGUCCACUCGGUGGUGAAGGGCCGGCUGCACCUGACCUUGGCCAACGUGGGUCACCUGUGUGAACAGAAAGUGAGAGGUUGUAGCACAUUGCCACCAUCCAGAUCUCGGGUCAUCUCAAAUGAUGGAGCCAGCCGCUUCUGUGGAGGCAGCCUCCUCACAAGUGGAAGCUCGAGGCGAAAACACGUGGUGCAAGCACAGAAGCUGGCAGACGUGGACAGUGAGCUGGCCGCCAUGCUGCUGACCCAUGCCCGGCAGGGCACGGGGCCCCGGGACAUCGGCCGCGAGUCGGAUGCCACCCGCAGGCGUAAACUGGAGCGGAUGAAGUCUGUGCGUCUGCAGGAGGCCCGGGGAGAGUUGGGCCGGCGCGGGACGAGCGUGUUGGCCCAGCAGAGCGUCCGCACACAGCACUUACGGGACCUACAGGUCAUCGCCGCCUACCGGGAGCGCACAAAGGCCGAGAGCAUCGCCAGCCUGCUGAGCCUGGCCAUCACCACGGAGCACACGCUCCACGCCACACUGGGGGUCGCCGAGUUCUUCGAGUUUGUGCUUAAGAACCCCCACAACACACAGCACACGGUGACCGUGGAGAUCGACAACCCUGAGCUCAGCGUCAUCGUGGACAGUCAGGAGUGGAGGGACUUCAAGGGUGCUGCUGGCCUGCACACGCCGGUGGAGGAGGACAUGUUCCACCUGCGCAGCAGCCUGGCCCCCCAGCUCUACCUGCGCCCCCACGAGACCGCCCACAUCCCCUUCAAGUUCCAGAGCUUCUCUGCUGGGCCGCCGGCCAUGGUGCAGGCCUCUCCUGGGUUGAGCAACGAGAAGGGCACGGACGCCAUGUCACCUUGGAAGUCCAGCGCAGUGCCCACUAAACACGCCAAGGUCUUGUUCCGAGCGAGUGGUGGCAAGCCCAUCGCCGUGCUCUGCCUGACCGUGGAGCUGCAGCCCCACGUGGUGGACCAGGUCUUCCGCUUCUAUCACCCGGAGCUCUCCUUUCUGAAGAAGGCCAUCCGCCUGCCGCCCUGGCACACGCUUCCAGGUGCUCCGGUGGGAAUGCUUGGUGAGGACCCCCCGGUCCACGUUCGCUGCAGCGACCCGAAUGUCAUCUGUGAGACCCAGAAUGUGGGCCCGGGGGAGCCACGGGACGUGUUUCUGAAGGUAGCUAGUGGGCCGAGCCCGGAGAUCAAAGACUUCUUUGUCAUCAUUUAUUCGGAUCGCUGGCUGGCGACACCCACACAGACGUGGCAGGUCUACCUCCACUCCCUGCAGCGCGUGGAUGUCUCCUGCGUCGCAGGCCAGCUGACCCGCCUGUCCCUUGUCCUUCGGGGGACGCAGACAGCGAGGAAAGUGAGAGCUUUCACUUCGCACCCCCAGGAGCUGAAGACGGACCCCAAAGGUGUCUUCGUGUUGCCGCCUCGUGGGGUGCAGGACCUGCAUGUUGGUGUGAGGCCCCUCAGGGCUGGCAGCCGCUUUGUCCACCUCAACCUAGUGGACGUGGAUUGCCACCAGCUGGUGGCCUCCUGGCUCGUGUGCCUCUCCUGCCGCCAGCCGCUCAUCUCCAAGGCCUUUGAGAUCACGUUGGCUGUGGGCGAAGGGAAGGGUGUCAACAAGAGGAUCACCUACACCAACCCCUACCCCUCCCGGAGGACGUUCCACCUGCACAGCGACCACCCGGAGCUGCUGCGGUUCAGGGAGGACUCCUUCCAGGUUGCAGGUGGAGAGACCCACACCAUCGGCCUGCAGUUUGUGCCUAGUCAGAGAGUGGGGGAGGAGGAGAUCCUGAUCUACAUCAAUGACCAUGAGGACAAAAACGAAGAGGCAUUUUGUGUGAAGGUCAUCUACCAGUGAGGGCUUGAGGGUGACAUCCUUCCUGGGGCGCCUGGCUGGGGCCUGUCUGCCUCUCCUGCCCUGCAGGCCGUCCUCCCCACCUCUCCUCAGCCUUUGACCUCAGGGCCCACCACUUGGCUGAGGAAGCAGAGAGCACGCGCUGGUCAUUUUGUAGUACCUGCGUCCGGCUCAGCGGCUGCUGACACCCAGCAGGCCUGGGUUCCGUGAGUGUGAACUGCAUGGCGGUGGCUCUCGCUCUGGUGCUGCCGUCUGCACACGUGGGACCCUCAUUAUCUCUGUUGCUCAAAAUGUAUUUUAUGAAUCAUCCUAAAUGAUAAAAUUAUGUUUUUCUUACUGGAUUUUGUACAAACAUAAUCUAUUAUUUGCUAUGCAAUAUUUUAUGCUGGUAUUAUGUCUAUUUUUUAAAUUGUUGAACAAAAUACUAAACUUUUACAUGUCA